GGCGUACAGUCUGUGUGAUAACGUAAAAAAAUCACUUCUUUUCAGGCGUAAAAAAUCAUCUGAGGCCAUCAACGUUCAAUCAUCUUCGGAGGAUGAUGACAACAACGUUAUCUCCGCCUCUCCUAGGAGCUAGUGAAGGAGCAGGACUUUUUACCCGGAAAACACUGAAUGUAGCACAGCGACACAUGAAUUGUAGGACGCAAAGGUCCAGGCAGUGGACUUUGAGAGCCUUUUAAGAUAUUCCUCUACUGUGCAACCUCAAGUUCACUAUUGCAUGAACUGCAGGGUGAUGUUGAGGAGUGUACUCAGGUGCCUUAGGAACAAUCCUGUUGCUGGCCUAAGGAGUAUGUCUCAAAGUAGCCUUGCUGGGAAGGUAGCCAUAGUCACUGCCUCCACAGAUGGCAUUGGUCUGGCUGCAGCUCAGGCUCUGGGGAAGAGAGGAGCCCAUGUGGUGGUGAGCAGCCGGCGGCAGGCCAACGUGGACAAGGCCGUGGCGCUGCUGCAGAGCCAGAGCAUCCAAGUGACCGGGACCACCUGUAAUGUUGGCAAGGGAGAGGACAGAGAGAAACUGGUUCAAAUGACUCUGGAUCAGUGCGGGGGCAUUGAUAUCCUGGUAUCCAACGCAGCAGUCAACCCUUUCUUUGGAAACAUCAUGGAUUCCACAGAGGAGGUCUGGAACAAGAUCCUGUCUGUAAAUGUGACAUCAGCCUUCCUCAUGACUAAGUUGGUGGUGCCUCAUAUGGCGAAGAGGGGAGGUGGGAAUGUAGUAUUUGUGUCGUCUGUGGCUGGAUACCAACCAAUGCAGGCUCUGGGUCCUUACGGUGUGAGUAAGACAGCCCUGCUCGGUCUGACCCGGGCGCUGGCCCCUGAGCUGGCCCACAGCAACAUAAGAGUCAACUGCGUGGCCCCCGGAGUCAUCAAGACCCGCUUCAGCUCUGCGUUGUGGGAAAACGAAGACAUCGUGGACGAGUUUAAAAAGACGCUCAGCAUCAAAAGGGUCGGAGAGCCAGAGGAGGUCGGAGGAGUGAUCGCGUUCUUGUGCUCUGAGGAGGCGUCCUACAUCACUGGAGAGACCAUCACAGUGACCGGAGGGAUCGGCUGCCGACUCUGAAGCUCCAGUGGCAACAGAUUUGUCCGUGUGCCUGUAUAGAUGUAUGUUUUGAUUAUAUUUUUGACUGCUCUUCUUGAAUGUGGACACAGCACAGCCAGAAUCUAUAUAGAAACCUUAAUAUGAAAGCUAAUAUAAGCCAGGAUAUUGAGGCAUUUAACAUUUUAUAGCAAAUUAUUGAAGAUUUGGGGUUUUUCCUAAGUUUCCUGGGUGAUUUUCUGUGAAUUUCAGUGUAAAGAUUUCUACUCUCUGAUAGCUGUGACAACUAAUGUAACCCUCACAGUCUAUAUGAUAAGAUGACCAUCAAUUUCUAAAUAAAUGGGAAGCUUUUCAUGCUCCUGGAUGUUUUUUUAAGCACUGAAAUAAACAUAUGAUUGACAAACCCA